AGACCGAGCGGUAGCAUUUAUUUAAAAACGUAUUUUAUUUUUUUACAUAAUCAACUUUUUACACCAUCCCGUGUAUAUAUAUUUUAGUAUAUUUUACAUAAAACUUGUAAUUUUGCACGCUAUAGACAUAGUGCUAGGAAUUAUUUAACGAUACUAACAACAACGGCAACAACAUGGCGGAAGCUACAAGUCAAGAGUUCAACAAGAAGACUUUCCUUGAGCAUUACUGGCAAAAGCAGAAGGAGCUCACACGGCGACAGCGUCAAUAUAAGACGGUACUCUCGACGAAGUUGAGCACGCGCAAGGAGACGAUCAUGUUGCAGAGCUACCAAAACACCAUCGAUCAAUUGCAUUUGGAGAAGGAUACAUUGCGUGCGCAGAUUUGGGUUGCCAGCGGUGAAACGCAUCGAAAGAGUGCGGGUUAUUUGAAAACCAUUAAGUGUCACAUCACAUGUGAAGAGAAGUUAGCUGAGGAUAUACACAAUAUGAAAACCAGCAUUGUGAAUAUACAGCGUGAGUUGGGACGCCUAUCACGACACAUAUACGAUUUAAAUCGGCACACGAUACCCGCAACGCGAGCAAUAGAGAAUAAAAACAAGGCACGCAAGCACUUGGCAAUGAAGGAGAACCAAUUGGAGGUGGGCAUACAUCAGGAGUGCAAAAUGACAGCACUGAAUAUGAAGUUACGCGAAGAAUUGCACGAACUGAUUUUGGAGCGGAAAGCUUUCAACGAUCAUUAUUUCAAACUAAUACGCGAACUCAAUAGUGACAAGAAAUACAUGACCGAUUUGAUUGGCUACGCUAUGCAUCAGUUCGACUCGAGCAUUGAUCUCUAUGAGAGAUUUGAUAUUUUCAAGAAGCGACAACGUAGAGACUUAGAGCAACGGCGUAUGGAAAUGCGUGACAUCAGUCGUAAUAAGACGAAGUCAGUAAAUGAUACGGAGUUUUACAAGUCGAAAAUUUUGCAUCGACGUUUGGCUGACUUGCAGCCAAAGGAGUAUCGUAGACGUAGUAAUAUGCGCGAACAUAUGAAAAAGAAAUUAAUUGUCAACAAGAAUGUAUUACAUAAAAUCUUUCAAUAUACCGGACAGAAAGAUAUCAAAACUGUUAUCACCAAAUUCAAAGAACAAGAAAGCCUCUACUACUCAUACUUUAAUUACGCCAAUGAGACGAGUUAUCAUAUGACGCUGUUGAAUAAUGCCGUCAAUCGACUUUUUGCCGAUAUCGACAUGCUUAAGCUGGACAAUCGCAAUUCUAUGCAAAAUCAGGUGGAUCAAAUUGAAAAGUUGGAGGCGCAAUUACUAGCAAAACAUAAGAACAACGAAGAGUUACGUAAAUCUUCCAUGGUGAAUGACGAACGUUUGAAUAAACUAUUUUUGGGUUUGAAGCUGGUGCGCGAUCACUCGAAAACCAAUUGGCAAUCGCUAGCAAAAGAAAUCGGUGACUAUAGAGAGAUCAAUUUAACAAAUUUACACGAUCAUCUGAAGCUUGUAGAGAAGCGUAUUUUUGGUGUGCUAGCCACUGUCUAUAGGUUGGAGCGUAAAAAUACCAAGAAGCGCUCCAAUGACUAUCUCAUCAAGAAUAUAGAAAAAUUCUGUGAUUUUGCAACCAACUUAAAUGACAUUGUCAUAACACAACAGUGUCCCGAGUGCGCCGAAGUGGAUGCGUUGAACAUCGAUGAGACGGAGAGUGUCGGUAUUUCGUCGAUAGAAAAUGCUAAGCACAAACUUUAUGAUAAGAUUACGCAACCUGAAAUGCAAUAUCGUUUGCAUAGCAUUAGCUCAUGCCGUUUUCCACGAGCGCGUAUGCUGACCGCAAAACGAAAUAUGGAAAAUGAUAUAACUUUAAUUUGAAAUUUCAAACAAAAACACAUUAUUAUAAGUAGUCAAAAGCAAAACAUAAACAAAAUCAUAAAA